CAUUUGCCAAAAAAACUUUCCAGGAUAUCGAACUCCCAAAACAGAAGGCUGAAGUCUGGCCCGGGGACUUUGGACCAACUUUAGAGGCACACAGGACAUGUGUUCAUUCUCCUUUUUUCUCCUGAUGACUUGAAAUACUGAAAAUUACCUUUCCCUUGUCUUUUUAACCACAGGAAUUGGGAAGUCAGGCAAAUGACCACCUCGUGGAAAAACCUCUGCUGAUGCCAACAAUGUAUGGUCCUCUUUUUAGUCUGUUGAUUCUGCACUAAGGGCUUUCAAGGGUGUUAGUGCACCUUUGGGGCGAACGAGGUUUCUUUACACACCCAACAGUGCGUGUCUAUCUCCACGCCUGUGCAUCCCUGAGUGUUCUGUGUGUGUGGCUGUGUAAAGUGGGUUUUGAGCCCAUGUCUUACACGUUCAACGGAGAUGCGCGUGCAGCCAUGCAGUCUCAGGGACGCGGAAACCGAGAUCGCCAGCGGCGUGCGCGUGGGGGCCACCUGGACGCCCAGCCAGAGCAGCUCGGACCGUCCAACAGUCUGUGGAUGCAGAUCUGGGAGACGACCCAGGGGCUGAGGAACCUGUACUUCAACCACCACUGUCACAGCAGCGGCGGCGCGAGCAGCGGGAGCGGCGGCGGCGGGAGCGGCGGCAGCCCCGGCAGCCCGGGCAGCUCCGGCGGCGCGACCCCAGCCGUCAUGUACCGCUCCGGGGAGCGCCUGCUGGGCGGCCACGCGCAGCCCGCAGAGCAGCGGGACUUCCUGCCCCUGGAGACGACCAACAACAACAACAACCACCACCAGCCCGUGGCCUGGGCCCGCCGCGGGGCCGCGGGCCCCUCGGCGUCCCCGUCCCCUUCGGCGUCCCCGUCCCCGCACCCCGUGGCCGCCGUGCCCUCUUCGGAGCCCGCCGACCCGGCCUCGGGCAGCAGCAACAAGAGGAAGCGCGACAACAAGGCCAGCACCUACGGACUCAACUACAGCCUGCUGCAGCCCGGAGGAGCGCGGGCCACUGGGGGCCGCGACGGUGGCGGGGGCGCAUACAGCGGGACCCCCUGGAAGCGGAGGAACUACAACCAGGGCGUCGUGGGUCUGCACGAGGAAAUCAGUGAUUUCUACGAAUACAUGUCUCCGCGGCCAGAGGAGGAGAAGAUGCGGAUGGAGGUGGUGAGCCGGAUCGAGAGCGUGAUCAAGGAGCUCUGGCCCAGCGCGGACGUCCAGAUAUUUGGGAGUUUCAAAACUGGCCUGUAUUUACCUACUAGUGACAUCGACCUGGUGGUGUUCGGGAAGUGGGAGAACCUCCCCCUCUGGACCCUGGAAGAGGCUCUUCGGAAACACAAAGUCGCAGAUGAGGACUCAGUGAAAGUUCUAGACAAAGCCACUGUACCUAUUAUUAAAUUAACAGACUCUUUUACUGAAGUGAAAGUUGACAUCAGCUUUAACGUGCAGAAUGGCGUGAGAGCCGCGGACCUCAUCAAAGAUUUCACCAAGAAGUACCCUGUGCUGCCCUACUUGGUCUUGGUGCUGAAGCAGUUCUUGCUGCAGAGGGACCUCAACGAGGUGUUCACAGGUGGCAUUGGCUCUUACAGCCUCUUCCUCAUGGCGGUCAGUUUCCUGCAGUUGCACCCCAGGGAAGAUGCUUGCAUCCCCAACACAAACUAUGGUGUUCUCUUGAUAGAGUUUUUUGAAUUAUAUGGACGGCACUUCAAUUAUUUAAAGACUGGCAUCCGGAUAAAGGACGGGGGUUCAUACGUGGCCAAAGACGAAGUGCAGAAAAAUAUGCUGGACGGCUACCGGCCAUCGAUGCUUUAUAUUGAAGAUCCUCUCCAACCAGGCAACGAUGUGGGAAGGAGCUCGUACGGGGCCAUGCAGGUGAAGCAGGCCUUCGACUACGCCUACGUGGUCCUGAGUCACGCUGUGUCGCCCAUAGCCAAGUACUACCCCAACAACGAGACCGAGAGCAUAUUAGGCAGAAUCAUCAGAGUGACGGACGAGGUGGCCACGUACCGAGACUGGAUAUCGAAGCAGUGGGGCUUGCAGAGCAGGCCUGCGCCCGCCCGCCACGGAAAUGGUGUUACCUUGAUAGUAGAUUCUCAGCAGUUAGAUAAAUGUAAUAAUAAUCUGUCUGAAGAAAAUGAAGCCCUUGGAAAAUGUAGAAGUAAAACUUCGGAAUCUGUUAGUAAACACUCUUCAAACUCUUCAUCAGGUCCGGUGUCUUCGUCUUCGGCCACACAGUCCAGCUCUAGUGACGUCGAUUCCGACGCGACGCCAUGUAAAACCCCGAAACAGCUGCUCUGCCGUCCGUCCCCCGGGAACCGCGUGGGGUCGCAGGAGGUGCCCGUGGAGACCUUGCAGGCCGGCGGGAGAGCGCAGGGCACCCCGGCCACCAGCACGCCGAGCAGCGUCAGCAAGUCGCAGCAUGGGCCCGCCCGGCUCUUCCGGUCUUCCAGCAAAGGCUUCCAAGGCACGGCUCCGACAGGCCACGGGGCCUCGGCGACAGAGAAGCAGCAUCCGGGCCGGUCCAGUAACCAGUAUUUCCACGGCAAGAAGAGGAGGCACAAGAGGGACGCCCCGCUCGCAGACCUGUGCAGAUAGUCGGCGGGGCGCGGUGGACCGCCUCUGCGCAGAGACCUCAGCCCGGGGCCGCGGCCGGGACUCCGGGGACGUGCCCCAGCCCGGCGCCGUCCAUGCGUUGAUUCAGCGUUUUUCCCCUGCUCACCGCAGAACGGAUCAUGAAGACUGACAGCUGCAGGAACCAAAAGCAAGCAAAGGGGGGGAAGGCUGCUCGUGGAUAAGUCACGUGCUACAACAGGGUCAUUUUAGGAUUUGAAGCUUGAAUGUAAAUGAAAUGUAUUUCUCAUUGGCUUCAUGCAGAGUUAGGGGACUGGGAGUCAGUGGGGGGCGAGGAAGAACACGGAAUUCGGAGGGCCGGGGAGGGCGGAGGACAGGCAUCUCGUAGAAAGCCCAGACCCCAGCGGGGGGCGUGGCCUGUGCAUGUUUUUUAAAAAGUAUUUUUGCACAUGUUUAUCAUUUUAUUGUGUGUAUAUAUAGAUGACCACAUAGGAAAUUGGCAUUUGUAAUAGUGGAUUUGUUAAUACUUUUUACAUAACAUUACUGUUUAAAUCGUAAACAGGUUCUCUCAGGAUUAGUUUGCAAAAUAAUCUGAUUUGUCAUAACAUCCACACGUAGGGAAGUGAUUUGUUCUCUCGAUCGGUUUUCCUUGGCAAUGAAAUGACAGGCCCUGGUGACCUGCUGCUGCGGGAGCGUUUCCUCUCUCGAGAAAAGGUUCACAGCGGCAAAUGACGCUCAUUUUAUUUUGUACAAACGAACAUACGUGUCUGUGCUGUGUCCUGGUGUGUGAGCACUGAAAACCUAGUCAUCUCAAAAUCAACUUGCGACCGUUUUCUAGAGUGCUGUCGUCCUGACCUCCUCGUGUGUGUUUCCUUUGCGGUCUUUUAAAAUUUUUAUUUCACUCUUUUAUUUUCUAAAAUCUCUGACAGGGAGGCACGGGCCGCAGCCCUUGCAAGCAUUGCCGGCACCGCCGACCCCGGGGGCUGCCAGUGCCUGGGCCCCUCGCCCCAGCUCGGGAGCCCCGGUGCCGCGGCUGUCGGGGAGCACGCCUGCAAGCAGCUUUCGCUACGUCACACCUGCGAAGGACUGUUUCCUCGUGCUCCACUUGACACUUUCGGUGUUGUCGAUCGUCCAGAAGGAAAUGGUCUUUACGAUGGGCCUGUUCUGUGUUGCCUUAUUAAGACCAAAUACUCUUGUCAGCCCGUCCCUCACCCUCUCCUUCCAUGGAAUUGUUGUCUUCAAUUAAAACUUUUUUAAACCUCCGCUUGUUUCAAUCAUACUGUAAGUUUCGGUUGUGGUCAGCUCUGAGAUGUGUCACUCUGGUUCGUCAUGUGCUGAGUUUGCAGCUCGGUUGGGGGGUCGCCCCCGGUCGAGUGUGCGUGACGCUUCUGCGAACACUUUCUCUGGCCAGAGCGUCUGUGUUCAGCGUCAGCGUGGGCUCUGCUGGCCGCGGCCAUUUCCGAGAGGAGAUUCUUUUAUAUGUGUGUACAUACAAAGUACUGUUGGCUUUUAGGAAUUUCUUUUAUAUACGUUUAUGAAAUACUGAAGACCGAUCAGACCAUUAAUGGACACUUAGUGCAACUUUUUAUAAAGAAAAUAAUGCUAAAGUCAGACCAAAACUAUAAUGUCAUCACUGAAAUCAGCAAUUCUCAAUGUGUUCGUGUUUUAAUUCACAAGGGAAAAAUGCGUUCCAGACCCGGAAACCCUGAUACCUGUGCAGAACCGUGGGAGGUUUUAAAUGUCACUUUUAAAUGUCACGUUACUUGGCCGGUGUUUCAAACCUUCCGAGUCCCAUUUUACCCUGAUCAGAAUUUGUAUCAAGGUGUCAAGCUUCCGUUUGUUUGAAACCUGUUUGUCCUGACGCUGUACGCAUAAUCACAGUAUUUAUUUUCUAGGACCGUUGUGAGUGUGUAGACCUAUGUUUACUGCUAAGGGAACAAUUAUUUAUAAAAUAAAGUGAAAUUCAGUAUUCGCUGCCUACUUCGGACACUUCAUACUCACAGACCCACCUGCCACGCUGACCGUGUGCUCAGAGGACCGCCCUCAUCGUUGGAAGCGAACGGACUCUUGGGGCGUGGGUAGCCGUGUCCGGUGAGCAUGUGAUUCUGUUCAAAGUGCUGGUAGCGGGAAGAUAAUCUUGAUUCCAUUGGGAAUCUUAGGUUUUCGUAAACUUAUUGGGAAAAUAGUUUUUCCUGUACUGCUGAUGUUUCUUUUUGGUAAACAGUAUCUUUCUAAAAAGGACAAAAGCGUGAAGGCGAAAUUGAGGCGUGUACAUUUCCUCAGCCGACCAGCAUUGUAUUCGUGUGUUACUGUGUGUCUUGCAGCGAGCAGGGCGGAAGCCGGCUCGUUUUUCAAUCCGAAGUAAAGUAACUUUGAAGAAC